AUUCCAGCAAAAUGGUUGGCUUCAGACCUGCAGAUGUGCCCCCAACAGCUGCUGUCAAAUUUAUCGGUGCUGGUACUGCAGCAUGCAUUGCUGACUUGGUCACCUUUCCUCUGGACACGGCCAAAGUUCGGCUCCAGAUCCAAGGGGAAUCCAGUGGUACUGCGAAGGCUAGUUCUGCCCAGACGAUGAAGUAUCGUGGUGUGUUUGGCACCAUUGCCACCAUGGUCCGUACGGAGGGGCCAUGUAGUCUGUACAACGGGCUGGUGGCUGGACUGCAGCGCCAGAUGAGCUUCGCUUCUGUCCGUAUUGGCCUGUAUGACUCGGUUAAGCAGUUUUACACCAAAGGAUCUGAUCAUGUUGGGAUUGGUAGUCGCCUGCUGGCAGGCUGCACCACUGGUGCAAUGGCUGUUGCUUUGGCUCAACCAACAGAUGUGGUGAAGGUGCGUUUUCAGGCUCAGGUUAGUGCUGGUGCUGCUAACAAGCGCUACCAGGGCACCAUGGAUGCCUACCGAACCAUUGCAAAGAAGGAGGGGUUUCGUGGACUGUGGAAAGGAACUGGCCCAAACAUCACCCGCAAUGCCAUUGUGAACUGUACUGAACUGGUGACUUAUGACCUCAUCAAAGAUGCUCUUUUGAGAAAUACACAGAUGACUGAUAACCUUCCAUGCCACUUCACAUCUGCAUUUGGGGCUGGUUUCUGCACCACAGUGAUUGCUUCUCCAGUUGAUGUUGUGAAAACAAGAUACAUGAACUCUGCCCAUGGCCAGUACAGCAGUGCCCUGAACUGUGCUCUGGCCAUGUUGACCAAAGAGGGGCCUAUGGCCUUCUAUAAGGGGUUUAUGCCUUCGUUCCUGAGGCUGGGCUCCUGGAACGUGGUGAUGUUCGUCACCUAUGAACAGCUGAAACGUGCCAUGAUGGCGGCUCGCCACAAUUGGUCUACUUCUCGUUAGGUCACUUAGGGGUUUUGUGGUGAUAAGUUUUUAUAAGUUUCUUCCUCCCCUUAAAAAAAAAAAGCCACAAAGUUCCAUUCAUUCAAGUGUAUCCUGGACUAGAAAGCUGGUCUUUGAUUUUAUUUCUCUUCUGAUUUUAGCUUUUUAAAAAGCAGGCUAAUAAAGUUUUUUUCUAAAACAA